UAAGCGACGUUUGGGAUAAAAAGGGCAGGCAGAUGUUUGGCUGACAGCUAAGGUAAGUUUUAGGGUACCCUCCCCACUCUCCUUUAUACCCUUCUCCUCUCUCUCUGCUGGUUGGCUCCCUAUUAAUGUCUUUUCCCCUCACCAACUCACCUGCCUUCCCUCCCCACACUGUCCACUAUGCUCCACAUCUCCCCCCUUCUCUGUGCUUUGGGCUCUUUCACUCUCUACUUUCUAACUUUCGUUUUCCUGCAAACACGACUUUCUUUUCCUUCUCUCUCUCUUAUUCUGUGCAUUGCUCCCUUCAUUUUUCCGGAUUCCGACGCACUCUCCGACUGCCAACCUGGUUUUCACUUUGUGGCAACUGUCAGCAUUGAGAUUUCUUGGCUGCCAAAUGACGCCACUGUACUCAAUUUAGGAGAAAAAGCAGAAGCCAGAGUCGUGAUGUCCCACAUGGUGACCUGUGGAUCUAUUAGCCUGGCACGGGGAGUCUGGGGGGGCACAGGAGCCUGGCUGGGGGUCCUCAUUUGCCUCAUUGCUCUCAUGUGCCAAUCAAUCCACAUUGGCAACCUGCAGGUGGAACUCUCCUUGAUGAGGAAGACUCAAGAGGAACGGAGGCCAGAGGUGAAAAAGCAGCACAGUACAAAGGAAGAAGACCUGUCACUUUGCCUCAGACAAAAAAGAGACCUCACAGGAGCCAGGAGGUCAAGACAUCACGGAAAUCGUUCAUAUGUUCACCUGGUGCCUGAUCAUUUCUUUACCAAUGAGGCACUGGAUGCCACCCUCAUCUUCUGGAAAGUGUCUAUGAAGGAAGGGCGAGCUUUUCAGGUUCAAGGUGUUAAUGUGACAGUGAAAAAUUCUGGGAUUUAUUCUGUAUACAGCCAGGUUCUGUACAAUGACUCCAGAUUCACGAUGGGACACUUGAUAACACGUAAAUUUGAAGGGAUGUUUGGAGGAGAGGCGGUGCUUCUACGCUGUGUGCAGAGCAUGCCGCCCAACCAGAGCAUGGCGUAUAACACCUGUUACAGCGCUGGAGUUUUCCGCUUGCAAAAGGGGGAUUCCAUUAGCCUCGUCAUACCAAGAUCAAAUGCCAAUCUGGAUGCCAGAGGAGAAGCCACCUUCCUUGGUCUUGUCAAGCUUUAAGAAGUAUAAAGUGUCUGGCACUCUGACUAAAGAUUACGGAGACCUCUGCAAGUGGCUCUCAUGCCGAUAGUCACUUCUUUGUGCCCUGAUGCCAAAUGCCGAUCCCUUACAACCUCAGCAGCAGCAAAAUCACAGAACUGUCCAACCCAUGAAACCAUUAUGUGUACUAUUUUAGUAUUUAGGAUUGCCGGCAGAGCUUAUCACAGAGGUAGUACCACCACUGUGAAAUCUGCAAUGGCAGAGGACAAAUUGCUUUGCAACCCAGAGAGGUCCAGUCUAAAAGCACAAAACAGCACAUGAGCGGAGAAUAUAUGAAACCUCGGCAGCUUAAUGUUUAAAUGGAUGAAAGCAACAUCUCUAUAUAGACUAUACUCCCAUGGAACCAGUACAGACUACUCCAAUAUCCCUCAGAUCUAGAAGGACAAAUAGGAAGCACCUAAGAUAACCAAUUGGAUGAGAGAGUAGCAAAUGCCAUCAGAAUGUACAAGGACCGUAGCUGGUUGGGAGGGGUGUAGAGAAAAAGAAGAGAAAGGAUUUGAGGGAAGCGCAUUAUACAGAAUUUUAUGGGGGAAAGAGAGACCAAUAGAUUUAUUCUACAUUAUUCCAUUGGAUUAUAUUUCAUGUAUUCUAGAAGCUUUGUGCUUACCCUCAUGCUGCACCCCUUAAUAAAUGUAUUUUGGACAUUCAUAGUCUGGUGUUAUAGCAGUUUGCAUGACUUUAUUAUAAGGCUAGAAGAUGCGUUUCAACCCCAAAACUGGGGUCUUCUUGAUGGGCAUGUGCAGAAUAAAAAAUGCAUCCCUCUGACAAAGACCCCGCUAUUGGGGUUGAAGCGUGAGGGGUUCUUUUUCUUUUUGUAUUAUAAAGCUGUGUAAUAAAAGAUAAUCUCGUGCUAUA